UCGGCGGCGACAGCGCGAGCGGCAGUGCUGCAAAGACUCGACCCCAUGCCACUGUUCUGUGCACAAUGACUGGCCGCUCGCGUAGUGCGCCGCUACUCUUGGCCCUCGUGGCUGCAUUCCUGCCGCUAGCCGACUAUGUUGCAGGCGCGGGUGGCGGGGGGAUGUUUGGUGAUGUCAACAUUUCCGCCAUACUGGAUUCCUUUAGCAUAAGUUACGACAAAAGAGUAAGACCAAACUACGGAGGACCGCCCGUGGAAGUGGGGGUUACCAUGUACGUGCUCUCCAUCAGCUCUCUGUCAGAAGUCAAAAUGGACUUCACGUUGGAUUUCUACUUCCGACAGUUUUGGACGGACCCCCGAUUGGCCUAUAAAAAGAGGCCAGGCGUCGAGACGCUCUCAGUGGGGAGUGAUUUUGUCAAAAACAUUUGGGUUCCUGAUACAUUUUUUGUAAAUGAAAAGCAAUCGUAUUUCCAUAUAGCGACUACUAGUAACGAAUUCAUACGUAUCCACUACUCAGGCUCUAUCACUAGGAGUAUCAGAUUGACCAUCACUGCAUCUUGCCCUAUGAACCUUCAAUAUUUCCCAAUGGAUCGCCAAUUGUGCCACAUAGAAAUAGAGAGUUUCGGGUACACUAUGAGAGACAUUCGGUACCACUGGAAGGACGGGCUCAUGAGCGUCGGCAUGAGCAACGAGGUGCAGCUGCCCCAGUUCCGUGUGCUGGGGCAUCGUCAACGGGCCACGGUGGUGACCCUGACCACAGUCGGCUACACCAUGCGGGACAUCCGAUACAAAUGGAACGAGGGGCCCAACUCUGUGGGAGUGUCGAGCGAAGUGUCGCUCCCGCAGUUCAAGGUGCUCGGACAUCGGCAGCGGGCCAUGGAGAUCUCGCUCACUACAGGAAAUUAUUCAAGAUUGGCCUGUGAAAUACAGUUCGUUCGCUCUAUGGGAUACUAUCUUAUCCAAAUUUACAUUCCUUCUGGGUUAAUUGUAAUUAUAUCGUGGGUGUCUUUUUGGUUAAACCGGAACGCUACGCCAGCCCGCGUGGCACUGGGCGUGACCACUGUACUCACCAUGACCACUCUCAUGUCAUCGACAAACGCCGCUCUACCUAAAAUAUCGUACGUGAAGUCGAUUGAUGUCUAUCUGGGAACCUGCUUCGUGAUGGUCUUCGCCAGUUUAUUAGAAUACGCGACUGUGGGAUACAUGGCGAAGAGGAUACAGAUGCGGAAACAGCGUUUUGUAGCGAUACAGAAAAUAGCUUCCGAGAAAAAAAUAAAUAUGGACUGCGCGCCGAGCGGUGACAAUCACACUAUGUCCAAAAUGAAUACGUUAGGAAGGUGUCCUCCUGGCAGACCAUCUGAGGUCCGCUUUAAAGUGCAUGAUCCAAAAGUACAUUCAAAGGGUGGUACGCUAGAAAAUGCAAUAAACGGUGGCCGUGCUGUAGAAGAGGAUAACCCGGGAAGCCAAGCAGCUCAUAUACUUCAUCCAGGAAAGGACAUCAGCAAGCUACUAGGAAUGACUCCUUCUGAUAUUGAUAAGUAUUCACGCAUCGUGUUUCCAGUGUGCUUCGUAUGUUUUAACCUUAUGUAUUGGAUAAUCUACCUUCACGUUUCCGACGUCGUGGCUGAUGAUCUGGUUCUUCUGGAAGAGGAUUAAUGGAGGGCGUUUAUUGACAUCCACUUAUUUCUCCACACUUUAUUCAAUAAUAAUUUGAAACACUUUCGAAAUAAUAACUUAGAUGAUGAUUCUAAAAUUAUAAUGCUAGACUGCGUUCUAAUAAAUUUGUAGUGGUAGCUAUUUCUUGAUAAUUCUAGAUAAAAAAGUAAUAAAUACUAAAUCUAGGAUAAUAUUUAAAUAAAAGACUUGAAAGUAUGAAUAAUUGUAGAUGUCUUUAUAUAAGGGUAAGAAAAUUUUAGUGUUUUCUUCUCUCUUGUGAAUAAUAGAACAGAAAGAAAGAAAACAAUAGACUGAAUAUUGUAAUUUUGAUCCGUUUUAAAAGCGUUCUCUAAAUUUUCAAUAACCUCUUUGUUAUAUUUAUUGUUAAUGAAACGCUAGAAAAUUUUAGUCUUUCAAUUAAGUGUUGCAAUAAAAUUUCUAAAUAUUAUAUUUUUUAACAUACAUGCAAUUAAAAGAUAUAGUAUUUAGGUAGUUAAAAUGGAAAUUUAUUAGUUUAAUCAAAAUACAUAUAAACUAAUAAUAAAAUAAUAUUUGAUAUUUAAGCUUCCACAUUAUUUGAAUCAUCGUUAAUGGUCUUUGAUGGGAUAGCUUUAAUAAUUUAAAAUGUUUAUAUGUAUAUUAUCAUAUCAAUAUUUGGUGUAUGAGAAGAUUAUAGUAAUAGUUCAAACGAUCAUCGAUGUGGGCAAAAGGGUAUAAACAACUCAAUAAAUACACUGGCAGAAUUAUGAUUUCUAUGUAAAUAAAGAAAAAAUAAAUGUAAAAGUUUCCAAUAGACUAAAUAAGUUUUAAAUUUUGAUUUAAUAAUAACAUGUAAAACUAGACAAAUUUUCAUUAUUUAUGUUAAUAU